AUGGGCUUUGAGGGAGGGAGGAAACAUGAGAUGCCCGCCCUGCAGGUAAUUGUUCUGGGUUCUGGAGGUGGCCCAGAAGAGGACAAUGUUACCUCAUUUCUCGUUCGAGCUACCGCCACGUGCUGGAAAAGGGGGAGCAUUCUGGCAGUCGAUGCUGGUGUCCAUAUGUCUGCGAUCAAACGGAUACUAGACACCCAUAAACAGAAUCGGCCUUUUGAUCCGAAGGACCAAACUUCGUCAUCCAGUGAGCCUGUCAUCCUGACCGAUGGGCCCUUCGAGGGACUAGAGAUUCCACACACCUCUUCCAGGGCAAAUGCAGGUUACAUCCACCGAGAGCUUGUUCAAUGUCUCCUUCUUACGCACCCACAUCUUGACCACUGUUCUGGCUUUAUCAUGAACACUGCUAGCCUGCCUACGGCUCGGCCAAAGCGUAUUGCCGGCCUGCCAGAUACCAUCGAAGCUCUCAAGACGCACAUAUUCAACAACGUCAUUUGGCCGAAUCUCAGUGACGAAAACAAUGGUGCUGGUUUGAUAACUUAUAUGCGAUUGGUAGAGGGAGGAUCGGUUGCUCUUGGUGAAGGGGACAGUAGAGGCUAUGUUGAGGUCUGCGAUGGGCUGUGCGUGAAAACCCUGACGCUCAGCCAUGGCCAUUGCUUCGAGAGACACAGUCAUCGAGGAUCGAAUGCUGGUUUCUCUCCUGUUAGAUCCCCCAAUAUCUCAAUCUUGGAGAGAUCGCCUCGUCUAGGCCCUUCAAUGCUGCAACGGAACAACUCGCUGAUUUCUGGUCUUGGGGAACCGAGCAGAACUGAUUGCCGUGAACGUGUCUGCGUGUACGAAAGCUCUGCGUACUUCAUCCGAGAUUUUGCUACAGGCAGGGAGGUCUUGAUCUUUGGGGAUGUUGAGCCAGAUUCUGUGUCAUUGUCUCCACGGAAUCACCUCGUAUGGGCGGAAGCUGCCCCAAAGAUCGUGUCCGGAACUCUGGGGGGUAUCCUCAUCGAAUGUUCAUAUGACAACAGUCGUGCCGAUGAGUUGCUCUUCGGUCAUAUGAGCCCACACCACUUGAUCGACGAGCUAAAGAAUCUGGCAGAGAGGGUUUCCGCGCAUCGCGAAGGGCUUGCGUCGCCGGCCAAGAGAAAACGUGAUAGCAACGGCGUCUUACCUGUCCACGGGUACCCAGCGAAAGUAGCCAGAGUGAUCUCAAUGAGCCCCGUAAGCCCAUUGUCCGCCGGCUCGCGCAAAGAAUUCUAUGAUCCGAUUGCUUCGCCUCCACGUGAUGGACCCAGCGAUUUGAAGCAUUGGCCCCAUGGCACAAAACCUCUGAAGGGUUUCAAAGUAGUAAUCAUUCACGUCAAAGAAAACCUCGUUGAUGGACCAAAUGCUGGGGAAAUCAUACUGAAGGAAUUGCAAGAAUUGGAAGAGGUUAUUGGUUUGGGUUGCGAGUUCAUCAUGUCGAGCUCCGGGCAAUCCUUGUAUUUUUAG